AUGGCAGCAGCCGACCCCUCGCCCUCGCCCUCGCCCCUCCUCAACCUGCCCCUCGAGGUGCGCGAGCGCAUCUACGACUACUACCUCAGCUUCGACCACGGCGACUUCGGCGACUCGCUGCGGCCGCUGCACGACUACCUCGAGUCGGGCGAGCGGCACUCCACGCCGCUGCCGCGCCUGAUGUUCGCCAGCCGGGCGGCUUACCGCGACCUGGCGCCCCUCGUGCACUACGAAGCGGUUCUGCGCAUCCACACGCAGGGCCGCCACGGCCGCCGCAUCGGGUUCGCCGUCCACGGCAAUUUGUGCUUGGCGCGCCUGAGGCGCCUGGUGCUGGUGCUGGCGGCGGAGUACCCGGCGUGGAACGCGUGGCUGGAGUUCUUUCGGCAGGUCGUGAGGGAGGGGCGCGCGGAGGCGCUGGAGUGUUUGACGUUGGAUUGGCACCCGAGGAUGGUGGGGGAGAAGGGGUGGGAGGGCAGGCUGAAUCGCAAGAAGGAGGAUGAGUUCUUUGGGGUGAUUGGGGGGAUGAAGGGGUUGAGGGUUGUGAGGGUGUUUGGGGCCGUGGAUGAGGGGUGGAGGACGAGGCUGCAGGCUCGGACGGGGGCAAGGGUGGUUUGGUUUGCUUGUCGGUGGUGGAGAGAGCCGGGGAUUGCGUGA